AUGGCAGAGGCGAUGUCCGAGGACCCCGUCGCUGCCGCUGCCAUCUCCAAUGCCCUCGGCGCCACGCGCAAAGAUCGCGAGGCGGAGGACUUGAAGCGCCAGCUGGCCACGGAGCGGGAGAAGGCCGAGAAAACGCGGCAGGAGCUGCAGGAGGCUCAGGCGCUGAAUGCCACGCAGCCGAGCCUUGCAGCCCUGGAAAGUGCGCGCGCGGAGGCUACACGCCUAGCCUCGGAAGCGCAGGCCUUGCGCAAGGAGCUGGAGGCAUCGAAGGCUGGGAGCUGA